GUCGUAGGGAGCAGUGUCGUGCGCGCGCGCGUCCCAACACCAUGCUAGCGAUCGCAUUUGUCUUAUUCGCAAGCGUGCUUGUCGAGUCUCGCCCAUUUAAUAUCACAGACUUAAUCAUCCCUCACAUAGUGCCACCUGGCCAAGAUGAAAUCGAAAUUGAGUGCCGAUACGACGCUAACUUCACUCUGCUCAACUGGUUCAAGGGGAACACGGAAUUUUUCAGAUAUAAACCUGGUGCUGCGCCAAGUACGAGAUCGUUCCCGAUUUUGGGAGUUGGAAGAAUUGAAUUAGUUCAUUGUGGACCAACAGCUUGCCGCCUCAGGCUGGGUGCAUUGACUGAAGAAGCCACGGGUAUCUACAAGUGUGAUAUCGAGAAAGAAGUGCCGCCUUACCAGUUUGAAUCACGUACGGGUUACAUGGAGGUGCAUGGUCAUAAGCACAGGAAACCGAUUCUAGAAGGAUUGGCAGAGGAGUUUGGUGAAGAUGACGAAAUGCAAGCAUAUUGCCGUGGUGCACCGGGAGCAGAAAUUCGCUGGUACAUAAAUGGACAAGAGAUGGAAGAGAUGAGAGGAUCCCUUGCAUUUAGGAAAAAGAGCUCUAGGCUUCAUUUCCUUGGCAUACCUCCAACGGUUACGAUUCAGUGUGCAGAAUACAGAUUUGGCAAAUUGUCUGGGUCUAAUCAGGGUAAGGCAAAAUGGAAGGAAAUGCAUAAUGAAGAAACACCAGAGGAACAAAGAAAUGGUGCUGCGACUUUAUACAGCGGUUUUUACGUUAUUUUUAUGUCAUAUGUAUUAAAGUUAUUGUAAAUUUACUGUAAGUAAGACAACCAAAUUUGUGUUCCUUUGUUACUUGAAAGAGAAAAAUAUAUUUAAGGAGGACAAGACAUUUCUGAAUUACAAAAAAAACGUGUGUGUAAUUGUGUUCUGCCAUAAAUCUUUUGUUAAAUUGUCUUGCAUGUGAAAAACAAAAUUUAU